GUCAGAUUAUGCACACAGUGUCAUAUUUAAAAUAAUGACAUCUCUGAUCUAACAUGAUAAGCAGGUUAGCGGAAUAAGGCUGAAAAGAAAUGGUAAACUUCUGCUGGCAGGCAAGUGUGUUAGGAAUAAUGGUGAAGUCACUGGCUAAUGCAACGUUGGUGCCAGAUGGUCUAGUACAGGACUGCGGUGGUCCAGAGUCUGUUCCAGAAGAGUGGGGCACGGGGAAGUUUACACUCGGGGGCCGCACGUCGGUCCAUCGCAGGGUCGACCGGGAAAAUCAGAACGCGACCUGCAGAUGUGCGCCCUGUGAUAGAUUAUAUUUGGUCACGGUUGACCGAGGGCCACAGAGAAGAAUAAUAAUCACGUGCCUUAAAGGGUAAAAGCCCAGUAUCCCGUUUAUCACGACUUCGUGGCUUUUGCUUUCGGGGUCGAACUCCACGAGCUACUCGUGCGGCGCAUUCUCUGGUGCUGUGCCAUACGGUUUUGUCAGCGCCCCGCCACAGGUUUUCCAAGCCUUCCGCGUGUGGCAUUUCACCUUUGGGCUCAAAAUCUGCCACCUCCGGGGCUCUCGCGGGACAGUGCAGAAAGCCAAGGGCCCCGCAGGGACACCCAGAACUGCUGCACAUUUCACUUCAUCUCAGUUUGACAGAAAGCCGCCAACAUUCUCUGCUGCAAGGGAAAGCCCGCCAUGUCUUCCAACGGGGACCUGAGGGACGUGGGAAGCAGCGACAGUUUUUGGGAGCCAGGGAACUACAAGCGGACAGUGAAACGUGUCGAUGAUGGCUACAGGCUGUGCAAUGAGCUGGUUAGUUGCUUCCAGGAGCGGGCCAGGAUUGAGAAGAGCUACUCCCAGCAGCUGACCGACUGGGCUAAGAAGUGGAGGAGCCUGGUUGAGAAAGGACCUCAAUAUGGCACGCUGGAGAAGGCCUGGCAUGCCUUCAUGAAUGCUGCAGACUGCCUGAGUGAAAUCCAUCUGGAGUUGAAGGAGCACCUGGCUGUGGAUGACAGUGAGAAGGUGAAGAACUGGCAGAAGGAUGCCUUCCACAAGCAGAUGAUUGGUGGGCUUAAGGAGACCAAGGAGGCCGAGGAAGGUUUCCGCAAGGCUCAGAAGCCUUGGGUUAAGAAGCUGAAGGAGGUGGAGGCCUCCAAGAAGAGCUACCACCAGGCACGAAAGGAGGAACGCACCGCCGUGACCCGGGAGACCCACGCCAAAGCCGAUCCAUCCAAGUCUCAAGAAGAGGUUCGAAAGUUGCAGGAUCGGGUGGAAAAGUGCAGUCAGGAGGUUGAAAAGGCCAAGGAGCGCUACGAGAAGGCUCUGGAUGAACUGAACCGCUGCAACCCGCGCUACAUGGAGGACAUGGAGCAGGUGUUCGAGGCUACGCAGGAGGCUGAGAAGAAACGCCUGCGCUUCUUCAAGGAGGUGUUGCUGGAUAUCCACAAGCAUCUGGACCUCUCCAGCAAAGACAGUUUCAAGAGCCUUUACCGGGACCUGGGCCAGACCAUAGCUGCAGCCAAUGACACAGAAGACCUGCGGUGGUGGAGGAAUGCUCAUGGGCCAGGGAUGAGCAUGAACUGGCCACAAUUCGAGGAGUGGUCACCGGAAGCCAGUCGCUCCAUCGCCCGGAGGGAGAGGGACAGUCAGGCUGAAGACGUGGUCACCUUGACCAACGUGGUGCCUGCGACCGAGGAGAUGCCCCGCACGCCUACCCAAAAUGCCAGAGCCAACAGGGACACCUCCUCGGACUGGUCUGACGAAGAAAGUCCCAGGCAGUACAUUGCCGCAAACGGGGUGAAGGAAGAAGAGAAGGUAGCAGGAGUGCGAGUGAAAGCGCUGUACGAUUACGUGGGGCAAGAGGCUGAUGAGCUGAGCUUUAAAGCAGGUGAUGAGCUGCUGAAACUGGGCGAGGAGGACGAACAGGGCUGGUGUAAAGGGCGACUGGACGAUGGACAAGUCGGACUCUACCCUGCAAAUUACGUUCAGGUCAUCGGAUCCUGACGGAACACCUACGGUCCGUGACUCUGAGGCUAUGCGACUCCAAUACGUCGGUGGGAUGGAAGCUGGGUGACCACUGCUGUCCAGUUUCUGCAAGAGCACAGUAGAUAUGAAUGCAAUGAAAUAGUCCUUCAUACAAAGCACAGCAUGGACACAUGUGCUGGUGCAGUAGGUUCUGCUUGGGUUAGAUUUCAGAACCUUCCAGACAUUCUCAGAGCUGUGCCUUAUGGAGGCCAUUCCUCAUAUGCCACAACGUGGUGGUGGUGGUGGUGAUGAUGGUGAUGGUGAUGGAGAUGGAGAUGGCUGGUCAUGGCCCAGGAACCAUCUGCUGGACAGUACAUUCAAUCUCAACUAGUAGAGAGCUGCUUGGGAUCGACAUUGAAACCCUGACAUUCAACCCUGAGUCAAAACUCCACAGCGGAGAUUCGCCAGUGGUUACCUAAUCACUAAUUUUACUCAAUGUUGUAUUUAUUUAGAAAUCAAGGUUUUUUUUUUUUUUUUUUUUUUUUUU